CCUCGGCCCGGAAUGCCCCUCGGCUCGCCCCGGGCUCACGUCCCGAUCCCGGCUUGAGUGGCCCGGGGUGGGUGACCUGAAGUUGUAGCCUCGCUGCUCUCGAGGCGGAUAAUUAGCCCAAGAAACACUAUAUUCAUGCUUAGGUGGAGAAAAGCAGGGCUAGAAUUGGAAUCCAAAGCCCAGGAUGGCAGGAGAGGAUGUGGGGGCUCCACCCGAUCACCUCUGGGUUCACCAAGAGGGUAUCUACCGCGACGAACACCAGCGCACGUGGGUGGCCGUCCUGGAAGAGGAGACGAGUUUCCUAAGGGCACGAGUUCAGCAAGUUCAGGUUCCUUUAGGUGACGCAGCCAGGCCAAGUCACCUUCUCACCUCCCAGCUACCUCUCAUGUGGCAACUCUACCCCGAGGAGCGCUACAUGGAUAACAACUCUCGCUUGUGGCAGAUCCAGCAUCAUUUAAUGGUCAGGGGAGUACAGGAGCUGUUGCUUAAGCUUUUGCCUGAUGAUUAAUCUGGUGCUGGGAUUCUAGGAAGAUAUGCCCCUCUGUUCUGUUCAGUAUAUGGCAAUCACGUCAUCCACCACUGCAGUGCACCCACCUGUGGGCCUGUGGGGAGGGAGUGGGUUGAAAAACUGCUCAAGAACACAGAAGUUUAGGAAGGGUCAUGAAGAACACCGAAAGUGGAACUGCAGAGAAAGGGUUAUGCAGGCAGAAAGCAAGUCAACAAAAGCACUUAGUUAGGAUACGUAACUUGAAAUUGACUCCUUUGGAAAUUGCCAUAGAACCGUUAAUGGACAUCAUCAGCUGGAACUGGGAUCUGAUGAAUCCCACAAAAGUCAGCACCUGCUACAGAACAGAUGCCCUGAUCACCAAGGACUUGGUACUGAUUUAGAGAGAAGAGAGCAGCUCCUAGCAGCAUCAACAUCUAUUUGUCGCUUAUUUGCCCUGCAGCAAUUCACCUGCCUUUCCUUCUCCCAUCCUGUAAAUAUCCUAGGUUUUGCUCCAGUGUUUCCCAUCCCAGUACUGACCUAACUUGGAUCUACUAAGAACUUAGGGGGCUCUGAGGAAAAAAAAAAAAGGGGAGAUCAUUUGCAUUAAUGAAAUUAGCUACAAAGGCUCCUGGGCCUUUUUCCUUUCUGAAAUUGUGUCUUCAAAUUUUUAGAAGUUGCUGAUCAGAAUCGUGGGCACUUAAAUUUAUUCUCUGGUUACAAAUAUUUUAAAUAAGUUGGUUUCUGUAAGAACUCCAAAAAACGUUUUAGCUGCUUACCUAGCACCUUUCUCAGGAAGUAAUAAUAGCACCAAAUAUUGCUGAUUCACUACCUGAUGAAGAUUAUUUCCUGAGUUAAAAUACUCAUGGCAGUUUGUAUACAUUAAAAGAAGGGUUUUACUUUUUUAAAAA